AUGAAUGAAGAGGGCCACUCCCACUUCAGGCUGGACCCCAGUGACCGACUCAACGGGCUGGGGCAGAGACGGAAGAGACCCAAAAAGGUGCUCGGCUUCCACCUCCUCAGACAAACUAUGACAUGCGACAUUUGGGACUUGACCCGAGAGGACCAACCUAGACCUGGACCUCAGACCCUCGGACUGGAGCUGUCGGCCGGUCGCACUCACCCAGAGAUGGUCAUUGAGUGUCCAAAUCUAAUCUCAGACCGACCUCAGCUCCGUAACAAGGAGCUCAUUGAUUGCCAUUUUCACGCCGGAGACUGGAUCUGA